UGUUAGUAGUAUUGGAAUAACUGAGAUUUUUUUCCUCAAUCUUUUUUUUCUUCAUUGAGGAUGAGAGAAUCGCAAGGAUUAGGAAAAAUUUGAGAUGUUUCUUUCAUGCUGUAAAUAAACAAGAUACCUGUCGCUGAAGACAAAUGGGACAAUUUAAACAAUCGCUGGGCGAGAACAAAGUCAGAAACAAGCAUAAGGUAUAGAGACUUGGGGGUAACUGGCAUGAUUUGUGUACAAUUUAAUUCUCUAUACUUAUGUUACACUCAGAGGUCUCUAGGAAAUGCACAUCUUUCACCAAGAUGAUAAGUGAAAAGUUCUCCUAAAAGUGCUCAAUCAAAAUCGAUGUGAAUUAUCUUAGAUGUGCUCUGAAAGGGGGUAUUGAAAAAUUUCAAUUGUUUGAAUUUCGGAUUUUAAAUUCAAAAUUGAAAGUGCCAGUGAAUCUGAUCUGUUCAUAGGAUUAUGUGAUUUACAGAGAGAGACUGUCUUUUAUUUUAUGCCAUUUGUGAGGAAAAAUAUCAAAGUAAAUCUUAUUGAUUAAUUUGAUCGUGAUUAAUUCAGUUGGAAAGGGAUGUAAAGAGAUAUUUUUUAAUCAAUUUUUUUUUUCACUUCUAACAUGAAAUCAUUUUAAAAUCACGAGAAAAAAUAGGUGCUUGGUUAGAUUUCAUUUCAUAUUGAAAUCAACAGCAAAAUAAAAACAGUUUUUUAGUUUUGUUGGAUUGCACUUUGUGCUUGAUUGCGAUGCAUGAAAAUUUGAAAAGUGAUUAUGGAAGUUGAAAAAUCACUGCCAGCUCCAAAAAUGAAAUUUCCCGUGAUGACAUCCGAUCCUAAUUUGACGCCAAAAAAGAAAACAUCCAACAAGAAAAAGGUUGCAACAACUUCCAGUAAGGAAAAUGUCUUCUCGUUUCCGUUGGAUAGAAUACAAGUCAGUGGGCAGCAGAUGUACACUCCACGAAUCAGCGAUGGCGACAACGGCCAUGAAUUUUCUAAUUCCUAUAAUAUGGUGAAAAAAUCUAACAGUGAUUCUCCGAAUCUCGCUGCUGCAGUCACUUACACGAUUCCCAAAGUCAGGGAGGUUUUCUCCCUUGAGGGACUAAAAGAAUUAAUUCAAGGAGUGGGUUUCUCCAAUAUCCCUACUCAACUUCCAGAAAUGACACCAGGCCUCGAGAGGAAAAAUCAGUCCAAAGCUGGCUAUGUAAGCUUUGUAGGGAAUGCUCCAAUGGUGGAAAAAUUGAUAAGAGAGCAUGUGGCAGCACAGAAACAUAGAGAUUUUCUGUCACAAGACCAGCACCAGAAUUGUGAACGGUUUGAGCAACACAUGUUGAGUUUGAAACUCCAGAAUCAAUCGAAACAUCAAAGUCAAGAGCACGCAUUUGCUCGGCGGUUGAUGACAUUGAAGAAACGAGAAGCAAUGAGACGAAGAAAUGCAGAGAUGUUAGAACUACGGAAACAGAGAAAAAACUCAUCUUCUCCACACUCACCCAUGUCAGAGAGAAGAUUAAAAGUUCGAUUUAGAACCCCGUCUUUGUCCCCUAAGAAGACUAUGACGGUUCCGAACAAUAGGGAUCUCAUUUCCAUUCCUAAAGAAUCCUGGGGAGAAGAGAAACCGGAGAGUGACCAGGACUCCUCCAGGAUCGAUGGAAGCUCAGAGGGAGGCUCUCAGAUCAAACAGACAGAGGAGGACCCGGAACGCAAAGAAUCGGAAUCAGAUCACGGUAAGAAAGGCAAUUCUUUGGACAAUGAUGGAGAACAGGCAUCCUCUCAUCAUAGUUCCACUAACUCACUCCCUCCCAUCUCCAUGGAAACAACUGAGAAAGAUGGAGAGGAUGAAGCUGAAAAUGAUGCAGUGUUUGAGGAACCAACCGUGAAAACUCCUGAACCGGAACCAGAAAACAACACAUUGCCCGUUCCAUCCCCUGUUGCUACUCCAUCUGAACCAGAAUCAGUGGUUGAAGUAGUUGAAAUUGAACCAGUUGAAAAUGAAGUUGAAAAUGAGCCAGUUGAAGCACUGGUUCUGCCUGAUCCUUUUCCGGAUUCUGAACCAGAGACUGACAGAGAAUCAAAGAAAGUCAAAAAAGCCUCCAGUAACAAAGUUACUGUAUCCAAAGUGAAAUCAGUGAUGCAGAACGACAAAAAAGGCAGCAAAUCAAAAACGAAAGCAACGUCUAAAACCAUAAUCCGCAAACUAAAAAACGGCAAGGGAGACUCAGUAAAAAAGAAAUCAGUCGGUAAGGUCCCGACUCCCAGCUCUUCUAUUCCAAAUACUCCACGGCUGCCCGAAAUAUCCCAGCUGGAUGUAGGGGGAGAUGACGGAGAAGACUUAGAGGACACAGAGAAGGAGAAGACGGAACCCCCGGCCCCUAUUCCUAUGAUUGGGGAUACAAAGACGGGACCUCUAUCACUGAUAGCUGGUCAGGAUUCAAGGAAGGAACCGGUCAAGAAAACCAGGAAAGAGGGAAUAACUCUGCCUCGGUCUUUGUCAAGAUCGGUUGUACAACAGCAGGCUUCUAAAGGACCAGAGACACAGGUCAACGCAACUGAUGCUCAAUCCAGACGAAGACAAUCAUUGGCCAACCGGACAUUGAAUUUCGAGAAGAAGAGGGCACCCAAAGCUCCUUCACCCCCUCGAAAACCCCCCACCCCUCCCACACCAGAAUUUCUAUCCGACAAAUACUCCGUGCCAGAUCUACCCAAAGAUUUCAGUAGUUCCCUACCCCAAGUGACCAUAGAAGAGCCCCCAUUGCCAGAUGCAUCUGCGAUCUCAAAAACCCCCUCUCCAACAAAAAACCACAGAACUUCGAUUUCCAUGCCCAUAAAACUCCAACAGAAAAUUAACAGGCGCAAAUCAUUCAAGAGAGACACAUCCUAUGAAGAUGAACUCCGUAGACAAGAAUUAUUAGAAAAGAGAAGACAAAAGCAGAUGGCGUUGUUGGAGAAAAUGAAAUCACGGCAAGGACAAGUAGGAACAGAGGUGGAGUACAUUGAUGGUGCGCCGAGUUUCGACGAUUAUGGAUUCUUGGCAAAGUACUGUAUUUUCAACAGAGGGAGUCUGGAAAUGUACAAAAGGACGUUUGAUGUGGUGGAUGACGAGUGUAGGGGCUGGUUGAAUGGAAUUGAUGCGAUGAUUGCACUCCGAGGAGUGAACAACCGUCUGACCCUACAGGAAGAGGAGUAUUUAUAUAGGAUAUUAGAGAUCGCUGGCUACAACAUUUCUAAAGGAGCCGACUUCAAACUCUUCUCAGUGCUAGCUGCUCUGUCUCACAGGAUUUCAGCAGUAGAUGAUUGGAUGAAAAUUCUCAUAGACUCAAUGGAUUUCAAAAUACUGGAGAUGAAAACAUUCAUGUGCAAAACACUUUGGGAGUGCAAUGUGGACAAGGAAACCAAUCGUAUAUCACUGGACCAGUUGUGUAUCGAGCUUCGGGCAGGGGGUGUGAGUGAAAAACAUGAAAAAGAAGUCCGUGAGAAACUCUCGCAUCUAAAAUCUCUGGACCUGCUAGACUUCCUGACUUACGUCCCCUUGUUUAUAAUGAUCCACCAAUCGGUCGUGAAUAAUCCAUUAAACGAUGUAAGAGACAAAUAGUGCUAAAUUCUCUGUGCCCCAAAUGUUUGGUGCUAGUUUUCAUGGGAGAUAACUCGUAUUACACAUCUAUUGGGAUUUAAGUACUGCAUUUAUCUGAGCAAAGCAUGAUUAACUGCAAUUUGAAUGUCAGUUUCAAUAUUCAUUUAUGUAUUUUAUAAGUACAAUUUUGUACUUGAUUUGAUAUUUUGAAACAACAUGGUGUAUGUAUUGCAUAAUCUAAGGAUGAUCAGCUGUCAAAUGAUUUCACAAACUUGUAUCCUGCAGCAUUUGAAUUUGAUAUUUAAAAUGCUUCAAAAUCUUCUGUAUUACAUUCUGAUGACAAUAGAGUUUACACUGCAGAAUUUUGUUGUAUUUUCUUCAAAGGAAGACUGAUUAUAUUUAGCAAUGUUAAAAUGUAUUUUGUUAAACAAAUGUCGUUUUUAGAAUUGACCAAUCAAGGUCUUUUUACCAACUCAUCAAUAAAAUUUGGAAGUGUACAAGCUUUGUAAUAAAUUUCUGUGAAUCAUCCAUGCUUUAUGUAAGGACACUAUUAAAUUACAAUGUAAUUGGUCUAUAUUUACAGAAAUUUAUUAGGAAUAAAUGAAAGAAAAUAC